UUUCGUCUCUGUGACAGGUAACGGCUUCGAGCCCAACCCUCUUGUCCUCUAGUUCCCUCUCUCACUGUCCAUCUGCGGGACGACCUGUCGUCUGCCAACGGUUGUCGGCCCGCGGCGCUGCUAGCACAGACGUAGCAAGAGCAAACCAUGAUCGUCUGUUCGCUUCAAGGGUUAUUCCGGGCGGCUGAUCGAGAUGAAACAUCGACGACCCGCCAGUCUGGUCACUUAGCUGCCGUGUCGAGUCGGCCCCCAUUUCGAGAGUGGUGUUGUGGUCAAUGUUCCUGCGUUGCUGCACGGGACUGUGAUGUCUUUGCCGGGCGAGCCAAUCGAUGUGUGGCAUGGGGGUGGGCCCUGGCCCCGCGAGGCAGCAAAAGCCCAUUCUCCCGUGCAAGGAAUGCGAAGCUCAGCGACUAUUCGAGAGACGUAAUCCUGGGCACCAAGGCAAAUCGCUUCUCCCUGACAUCGGAGAUAUAUAGACUCCCUAUUUGGGAAAGGCUCGCCGCUGCAGCUUGCCAAUGCUACCGUGGUGCUAGAAAAUGGCCAGGUCUGAGCGAUACGGAUCAUAUGCAUUGGGGCUGAAUCUUGAUCCAGCAUGCUAAGCAUUCUUCGAAACUAUUCUCACUUGGUAGGCAUUUCUCCUUUGAGCCAACAAGUCCGUCACCACCCUAGUCCGUCUCUACCCUGUAUCGAGCUGUAGCGCUUCCUCUGUCAACUGUACUUCAACCAUCCACUUUCUGCAAGCGCACUCCCAUUCGACAGCCGCUCGUAUCCUUGAGCC